AUGAACAAUCAAAAAAUAAUAAGAUGGGUAUGCCCAGAUCCUAAUUGUAAUUUAGGAAGAGUUAUUGAUACUGUUCCUGAAUUAUUAUUACAUUCAUAAUAGCAACAUAAAUUAAUUAAGUUUGAUAAGUUUAGAGAAAUGAUUAUUACUUUUUUUGAUGAUAGUAAUCUCUCUCGUUUAUAAAAUGAAUAGCAUUAUUUAACCAUCAUUAAUAGUAUUCAAACUCUUAUCACAUCAUUAAAAGAAUCUCUGUAAAAUUUUUAAAACACCUUUAAAUAGUAAAUUUUGUACAAUUAACAAUUCUAGAAAACUUGAUGAAUUUUAUGAACAAAUACAUCCUCGUCAAAUGUUUAUUGAAAUCACAUAAGCUAUAAUCAAAUAGGAUGAUUUAGAAAAAGAAAUUCUGAAUAUUUAUUUAGAUAAUUAUAUCAAAAAAUUCGAUAUUAGUUAAAAAACUUAACAAUAGCUAGAUAAAUUGCAAAGUUAAAUCUUAAAUUUUUGUCAAUUAUAAAAAACUGAUUUUUUAGGUUUGUUUGAAAAAUAAUUAAAGUUUCGGGAACCAGCUAAUAUUCUGAAAGAAUCUUAAUAAAUAAUUCCAUUAAUAUAAAUUCAAUAAAGAAAUGAUUAAUUUGAUGCCAAUAAAUCAAGCAAAGAAAUUAUAUUUACAAACAAUUACAGAACUGCCAGAGCAUAAGAUCAAAAAUGUUAUGCUUAUUUUAAAGGAACAGAAGAAUAAAAAAAAGUUAUCAUGAAAGUAGAAAUAAAAAUACUUAAAGAUGAUGAUUAUAUAUUCAAUAUUGGGAUUGUAAAUGUUAAUCAUAAUCUUAAUGAUUAUGAAGGCUGUUUUCUACUUACACAAACAGGAACUCUUCUUUAAGAGAGAGAAUCUUAAUAAUCUAAACUUAAAAUUAUUAGUGGAUCCAUUAUUAAGGUAAGAUAUGCCAAAAAGCAUCCAAAAAAGAUAUAUUUCUAGGUUGAUAACAAUUUAAAUGUAAUUCAAUUUCUUAAAAUAUUUAGGAUAAAAUGUCACUUAAUCAAGAGCUCCUAUAAUUUCACUUCAUUGUUAUUUUUAAAAAUGUAUAGGUUGAAUUAUUGUGA